AUGGCUCCUCAACCCCCAGGUCUCAAAAAGCCCUCCGCGCGCACCCUCCGCCACCAGCGCAUAACAGGCCAAAUCCACCCGCAAGCCCCCCAAAAAGUCUUCCGCGACGACGCCGCCGUAACCGACUCCUUCCUCUCCAGCAAACGCGACAAGCGGCUCAUCAAGCACUCCUCCUUCGUAUCCCGCAUCCAAUCAGCACGUAUCUCAAAAUCCACAAAGCGUCGAAGACCAUCGAAGAAACUAGCAGCGAACUUAGAGAGUUUAGCUGAUGCGCUGCCGGAGCUAGAGGAGGGCGCGGAGGUUGAGCAGGGAAAAGUUAGGCAUAAGAGCUUGAAGAGUAAGAGGGGUGCGUUGAAGAGGAAGGAGAGGAUUGUUAAGGGCGAGAUGGAGAGGUUUGGGGUUAGUAUGGCGAGGUUGACGCAGCAGGAUGGCGUGCCUGUGCAGAAGGUUGAGGCGGAGGAGAAGGCUGCGCCGGCGCCGACUGCGAAUCGAUGGGCGGCGUUGAGGGGGUAUAUCUCUUCGACGAUGGAGCAGAAUCCUGCUUUUGCUGAGAAGAACUAAGCAGGUCGACGUGGAGCGAAUCUAAGAUACCAAAGACGGAGAUCAAGUCCAUAGGUGACGUUACAAAAGGCGGCAGAUACAAUCUUCACAAAAAUUUGCUCAGGCGUAUGGAGUAGGAAUCAUAUACUUCGAUCACAGGGCUAGGACAGGCAAUAAAACUUAUAACCUUGAUCCUAAGUGACAAA